GGGGCCGGGCGCUCCUGCACCCGCUGCGCUCCGCAACGGCGGCGUUUUCGUUUCCAAACGGGCCCCCUUCCAGCCCAGCCGGGGCGGCGGGCUGCCGCUGCCCGCCGCUCCGCUGUCCUCGGGACGGAUACUGAUCGGAUUUACCCGGCGGAGGGGGAAAAAAAAAGGGCGCAGGAUCCGCAAACGUGCAGCCUUGCUGUAAACAAUGAAAUUGAAGGCUGCUGCUGCUCUAAUCCCGUGAAUACCGGACCCUGCUUCUGCCCAGCAAUGCAUUUUGGGAUCCGCAGGAGGAUGCAUGCGGCUGCUGCAUGGAUUUAACUCGUCCCUCGACGUCUCCUCGGCGGGGGCCGGCAGGGCUGGAUGGCGCUUCCAUGGACGCCGGCCGCCGGCGGGGAGCGGUGCCGGAGCGGAGCCGCCGCUGAAGCGGGGGCCGCCUAACCCUGCAGCCGGGGGAGUCCCCGCGCGGUUUCUCUAUUUUUACUGGGUUUUUUUCAUCGUUGUUACUGUUAUCGUUGGGUUGCAGCGGUUUGUGGUUCUGCAUUUCGAUUCGCGGCUCCAGCAACCCCCAUCUUCCCGGCACCUCCAUCUCCGGCGGCGGGCGCGCCGCGAUGCCCGGGCUGGAUGCUGCUGCCUGAAGCGGGGAGAGCAGCCGCCAGGGACAUGUAUCUCCUGGACAGCAGCGAGCCGCCGGCCGCCGCCUCCUCUCCGGAGAGGAUGCAGCGGGGGACCCCCCAGCGGAAAACCGUGUACCGCAUCUCCGUGACCAUGGUGAAGAAGGAGCUGCUGGGGCCGGAGGGCGGCCAUCCCGGCCCGGAGCGGCCCCGGCGCGGGGGGCGCCGGGCGCCGGGCUCCUCCAGCCUCACCAGGGCCGGGCUGCUGCUGGUGGAGGAGGAGGAGGGCGAGGAGGAGGGCGAGGAGCGGGACCGAGUCCCCAGCCCCUGCGGCUUCCGCAACUUCAGGACCCUCAGCACCGGGCAGCUGGAGCUGGGCCGCCUCAAGGUGCCGCGGAGAGCGGGGCAGCCCGGCCCGGCCGAGCUGGCCCUGGGCGGCCCGCGGGGCGGCGGGGAGCCGGCGGCCGCCUGCGGCGGGGCCGGAGCCGCCGUCUGCCCCGGGGAGGAGGCCGGGGGGCCGGGGGCCCGGGGCCCGCCCGCAGGCCGCUGGGGCGAGGCGCCGCCGGCGGGGGAGCAGGGGCAGAGCCCCUGGCGGCAGCCGGGCCUGCUGCGGCGGAGCUUCAGCUUCAGGCACUGGCCCGGCGGCGGGGAGCUGCCGCGGGCGGCGGGCCGGGUGCGGCGGCACAGCAGCUCGGGCUGCCUCCCCGGGCCGCCGCCGGGCCGGGACGCCGGGGCGCGGGGCUCGCCGCCCGCCGCCGGGCCGCCCGAGAAGCGCAACACGCUGGACGUGGGCGAGGUGCUGAGCCAGGCGGACCCGCUCUCCCAGCUGGAGCGCUGGGAGCGGAGCAAGAGCAAGAACCGGACCCUGGAUAACAGCGACCUGCAGCGGCUCUCGGAGCGGCUGGGGCGGGAGGGCCCCGCCGCCGCACACGAGCACCGGCUGCUGCGCUUCUUCAGCGGCAUCUUCGCCCGCAAGGACAGCGCCGCGGCCCUCUUCGGCAGCCCCCACGGGCGGUCCCCCCGCAGCAGCUUCUCCAGGUCCAGGGCUUAUUUCAGCAGCCUCAGGAGAGCCACCGUGGACAUGCAGUCCAGCUCCGAGAGCAUCAAUGGGUCCCCCCACAAAGAUGCCUUUGUAAAUAGCCAGGAAUGGACACUAAGCCGAUCUGUACCAGAACUGAAAGUGGGGAUAGUGGGUAACCUAGCCAGUGGCAAGUCAGCCCUUGUGCACCGGUACCUGACUGGCACGUAUGUCCAAGAGGAAUCACCUGAAGAUAUGGAUGCAGGUGGGAGAUUCAAGAAGGAAAUCGUGGUUGAUGGACAAAGCUAUCUGCUGCUGAUCAGAGAUGAAGGGGGGCCUCCGGAGGCACAGUUUGCCAUGUGGGUGGAUGCCGUUAUAUUUGUCUUCAGCUUGGAAGAUGAAAUUAGCUUCCAGACUGUUUACCACUACUACAGCCGUAUGGCUAACUAUCGUAACACUAGUGAAAUUCCAAUGGUACUAGUGGGAACCCAGGAUGCUAUAAGUUCCAGUAAUCCACGUGUCAUAGAUGAUGCCAGAGCAAGGAAGUUAUCGAAUGAUCUUAAGAGAUGCACUUACUACGAAACCUGUGCUACUUACGGGCUCAAUGUGGAGAGAGUCUUCCAAGACGUUGCUCAGAAGAUCGUUGCAACUAGGAAGAAGCAGCAGCUCUCAAUUGGACCCUGCAAAUCCCUACCAAACUCUCCAAGCCACUCCUCUGUGUGUUCUGCCCAGGUUUCUGCCGUACAUAUCAGCCAGACCAGUAAUGGAGGAGGGAGUUUAAGUGAUUAUUCCUCCUCUGUCCCAUCAACUCCAAGUACCAGCCAGAAGGAGCUACGGAUUGAUGUUCCUCCCACUGCCAACACACCAACUCCUGUCCGUAAACAGUCCAAGCGCCGAUCCAACCUCUUCACGUCUCGGAAAGGGAGUGACCCAGACAAAGAGAAGAAGGUCCUGGAGAGCAGAACAGAUAGCAUUGGAAGCGGGCGCGCAAUCCCAAUUAAACAGGGUACGCUGCUAAAGCGAAGUGGCAAGUCGUUGAAUAAAGAGUGGAAGAAGAAAUAUGUGACAUUGUGCGACAACGGUGUGCUGACCUACCAUCCUAGUUUGCAUGACUAUAUGCAGAACGUUCAUGGGAAAGAAAUCGACUUGCUGAGAACCACUGUGAAAGUCCCCGGGAAGAGGCCACCCCGAGCUACGUCAGCUUGUGCGCCCAUUUCCAGUCCCAAAACAAACGGCCUAUCCAAGGACAUGAGCAGUUUACACAUCUCUCCCAAUUCAGGGAACGUGACUACUAGCACAUCUGUGUCUCAGAUGGCAAGUGGCAUCAGUCUAGUCUCCUUCAACAGCCGUCCGGAUGGUAUGCAUCAGCGCUCUUACUCAGUCUCCAGUGCAGAUCAGUGGAGUGAGGCAACAGUCAUUGCAAACUCUGGCAUUAGCAGUGAUACUGGGUUAGGAGAUUCUGUGUGUUCAAGCCCAAGUAUAUCCAGUACAACAAGCCCCAAACUUGAUCCACCUCCUUCACCUCACGCCAACAGAAAGAAACACCGCAGGAAGAAAAGCACGAGCAAUUUCAAAGCUGAUGGUAUCUCAGGCACAGCUGAAGCCAAACGCAAAGCUUGGAAACUAAACCGUGUUGGUAGCCUGCGAAAUAUAUACAGCAGCAGCAGCACCAACACUGAAGAACAAGAGGAAAACUUUGAGUUUAUCAUCGUCUCUCUCACCGGCCAGACUUGGCACUUUGAAGCUACCACAUACGAAGAAAGAGACGCGUGGGUACAAGCCAUAGAGAGUCAGAUCUUGGCCAGUUUACAGUCAUGUGAGAGCAGCAAGAACAAGUCCCGCCUGACGAGUCAGAAUGAAGCCAUGGCCCUUCAGUCCAUAAGGAACAUCAGAGGCAAUUCCCACUGCGUGGACUGUGAAGCACAGAACCCUGACUGGGCCAGCUUGAAUCUGGGAGCCCUCAUAUGUAUCGAAUGCUCAGGUAUACACCGCAACCUUGGCACACACCUCUCCCGGGUCCGCUCUCUCGACCUGGACGACUGGCCUAUAGAGCUCAUCAAGGUGAUGACUUCUAUCGGGAACGAGCUGGCAAACAGCGUCUGGGAGGAGAACAGCCAGGGCCAUAUGAAACCUUCAUCAGACUCCACAAGGGAAGAAAAAGAGCUCUGGAUACGUGCGAAAUAUGAGCAGAAGCUCUUCCUUGCCCCGCUGCAGUGCCUGGAGCUUUCUCUGGGCCAGCAUCUCCUGAGGGCUACAGCCGAGGAGGACUUGCGGACAGUCAUCCUGCUCCUUGCCCACGGGACUCGGGAAGAGGUGAACGAGACCUGCGGAGACGGUGAUGGGCGCACUGCCCUCCACUUGGCGUGCAGGAAAGGAAACGUGGUGUUAGUGCAGCUCCUGAUUUGGUAUGGCGUCAACAUGAUGGCGCGCGAUGCCCACGGGAACACGGCGCUGGCCUACGCCCGGCAGGCCUCCAGCCAGGAGUGCAUCGACGUUCUCCUCCAGUACGGCUGCCCCGACGAGCGCUUCGUCCUCAUGGCCACUCCAAACCUGUCCAGGAAGAACAAUAACCGGAACAACAGCAGCGGAAGGAUGCCCACCAUCAUCUGAGGAGCUCACUCGUGUAUUCGCUGACCUGAAUUACAUCCGCAGCCUCAUAUUCCUCCAUCCCCAUCACAGCUCUGCUCUGUGAGUCUGGUAACUCUCCUUUUCCCUUUUCCCUUCGGUACAUCCCUGUCCCAUCCGGAAACGGCGCGUCUGGAGAGCGCGAGGGGAUGAGAAGGAGCAAAAGGGGCUGCAGAGAAAGCAGUUGUUUCAGUGACAGCUCUCGAACGAAUGGAAACAAGUGGGCGAGAGCGCGUGGGUCGAGCAGGACGCACCACGCGUGGCACCGGGACCAUGGGAGAGCGGUCGUCCCCGGGGGGGGAUGCAGGCUUCCCGAGCGUGGAGGGAAGGGGCGGAGGGAGAGGCGAGCGAGAGGAGAAGGAAGGAGAGAUGGUGACUUUCCAUAAUUGACAGUUAAGCACAUCAGUACAUUUCACCUCUACCAAACACGACGCCUGGAUUUCAUUCUCUUCUCUGAAGAGCUUGACGGCAUAAAUCAGAAGCAAGCACAGAGUUUGUCAGGUUUGAAGCUCCUAUGAUGGUAUGUGUCAAAUCAGUUGUAGCUAAUCUGUCCGGGGAGAAUACUGGCUUCAUUACACUUGUAUAGUUGAGUUCUUCCAGCAUUACCGCUGUUUAAUAGAACAUGAUUAGUCAUCACGGAGAAAAAAGCAUAUUAGCUGAGGAGGUAGUUACAUGGCACGCUUCGGUGAUUGCUUGGAUGUGAUUGCAAUAUUCUUAGAAGCAUCAUAUUAUCUCAGACAUGUUCUUUCAAGCCCUUGGAGCCCUCCUUUCUAAAUUCACUGUCAUAAUUUAGUAUCUGUUUAAUUUUUCAGUCCAAAGAGAGGAAAUGAGUUGCUGAGUGUUAUUUGACUGCAGUCUCCUUGGUGUAAAAACAAAAUGGAAAAAAUAAAUAAGAGUAACUAUGAAACACAAAAAGGAAUAAUGAGUACCGCUAAGGAAAAACAUUUCAAGUACUUUUAGUGAAAUUAAUAAACGCAUUAAAGGCUAAUAUUUUUUCAGCCAGCAGAAAUAGGUUCUGUCAUUUUGCCAAGGUAAAUGUCUUGAGUUUUUGGUCACUCCUGUGAUGCAUUGCCUAACUUAUACAGAUUUUUGUAUUGUGUCUCUAGAUUAUAUGUAUGUAAAAUCUAUUUGAAUAAAAAAACCAUAAAUAUGCAUUGAUAUUUUUUUUUGUACAGAAGAUGACAUCUCUGUUUAAUUUAUAAACUGUAAUGGAUGUGAACUAAAUAACGUGCAACUAGUUAGGAUCUGUGCGUUACAGAUCAGUGUACAUUGACAAUAUUCCCAGCAGUGAACUCUUGUUUCCAUCGCAAACCUUUGAGGAACAUAUCAGAAAGAGAUUAUGGCACGUUUGGCCUGGGGGG